UAAACACGGCGAGGAUAAAGCAAGAUGGCGUCUGACGGUGAAGACGUUAUUGCAGUCGUCACAGUUCAGUGUUGUUAAUCUGUGCCUCCAUGUACACAUAUAUGUCCUUUAUUAGACUCUAGUAAAUAGAGUAAACAUCGUUAAUAACUCUUUGCAUCCGGUUAUAUUAGUCUGAGCGCACUUUGAUGUUUCUCGAGCUAGCUUAGUUUGUUAGUUUAGCUUGUUAGCUGCUAACAAAGAGAGGCGGAAGUGAUCAAAACACAUCACUAAGUAGAGAUCAAAUGUGAGUGUAAAGUGUUGUGAUUGUGUGAAAAUGUGCGAAAGAACGAUAGCAGAGUACGAGGAGGAACUUUGUCCAACAAAAGAGGAGAAGGAGCGACAACAUCAAAAACAUCAAGUUGUGUUACACAGAACAGACAUCCAUCAGCUGAUUGAACACCAAAAAGAAUGUCUGCCUCAUCUGCAGGGGGACAGUUUCACUCUAGAGGAUACACAGCCCUCAUACUUUAAAUGGGACGAGGUGGAUCCACGGCCCCCUUGUUUUAAAGAGAAAGAGGAGGGAGAGUGUCUUGUAGGGCAGGAGGAGGCUGAUUUCAGCAAGUUUCCACUGACUGUUGUCUCUGUGAAGACUGAAGAGCAUGAAGACAAACCACCUGAGUCCUCACAGCUUCAUCACAGUCCAAACGUAUGUGAAGAAAAUCUUCACCCUGAGCAACAGAAGUGGAGCUUCAGGAUGCGAAUGGAGGAGCCACAGCCUUCCCACAUUAAGAAGGAAGAAGAAUACCACCUGAUCCCCCAUUUUAAAAAGGAAGAGGAGGACCCACUGACACCCCAUUUUAAAGAGGAAGAGGAAGACCCACUGACACCCCAUUUUAAAGAGGAAGAGGAGGACUCACUGACACCCCAUUUUAAAGAGGAAGUGGUGGAUCCACUGGGAACUCACAUUAAGGAGGAAGAGGAGGAACACCGCAUCAGUCAGCAGGGAGACCAUCUUGAAGGACUGGAGGAAGUUGAUGUCAUCAAGAUGCCAGUGACUGGUGUCCCUGUGAAGAGUGAAAAUGAUGAGGUCAAAGGUGAAAGUGAGGAGAAGAGAGAGGCAGAGCCUCCAAACAGCAGCUCAACACAACACAUGACAACAGAAGCUGAUGGAGACCACUGUGGAGGAUCACAAGCAGACAAGCUCUUAGCUCCACUAUCAGAUAGUGAGGACACAACGUCACACUCUCCUGACACUGAUGAUGAAGACUCUAAAGAUGAUAAGACAUGUCACACUGACAACACUCACUUCACAUGUUCUCUCUGUGACAAAACUUUUAAAUCUCCUAGUAAAUUGAAAAGACACACGAGAACACACACUGGAGAAAAACCUUUUUUAUGUUCAAUCUGCGGUAAAGAUUUUACUCAUAGGCACGACUUGAAAAUACAUAUGAGAAUACACACUGGAGGAAAACCGUUUUCCUGCUCAGAAUGUGGUAAAAGUUUUGUAAGAAAUCAAAGUUUAAAAGCACACAUGAGAACACACACUGGAGAAAAACCUUUUUCUUGCUCGGAAUGUGGUAAAAGUUUUGUAAGAAAUCAACGUUUAAAUGUACACAUGAGAACACACACUGGAGAAAAACGUUUUUCAUGUUCAAUCUGCGUUAAAGAUUUUACUCAGAUGCACCAUUUGAAAGUACACAUGAGAACACACACUGGAGAACAACCUUUUUCAUGUUCAAUCUGCGGUAAAUAUUUUGCUCGAAGGCACUAUUUGAAAAAACAUAUGAGUACACACACUGGUGAAAAACCUUAUACAUGUUCAGUAUGUUGUAAAAGUUUUAUACAAAGUAUGCAUUUGAAAAGACACUUGAGAAUUCACACUGGAGAAAAAACAUUUUCAUGUUCAAUCUGCAGUAAGGAUUUUACUCAAAAGCACCAUUUGAAAGUACACAUGAGAACACACACUGGAGAAAAACCUUAAACUUAUUCAGUAUGUUUGUAAAAGUUUUAUACAAUGUCCACAUUUUAAAAUACACAUGAGAACACACACAGGAGAAAAAGUGUUGAGUUGCAGUGAGUGUGGUGAAAGAUUCUCUUAUAAGUACCAGUGUAAGAAACACAAGUGUGCUGGUGAGAACAGCAGCAGCAAAUGAAACUGCAGAAUCUGAAAUAAACUUUCAAGACUUUAACCUUGACAUUCUAACAUCA